AUGGCACCAAAAGUUCUCUUCGUCCUUACAUCCCAUAACAAAAUGGGAGAUACUGGCAACCCCACUGGUUGGUAUCUUCCUGAGUUCGCACACCCAUAUGAAGAGCUCAAAGACCAUGCCGAAAUUACAAUUGCAUCCCCCAAGGGAGGAGCUGCACCACUCGACCCCUCAAGCGUAGAGGCUUCCAAAGACGACAAGGUCUCCACACAAUUCUUGAAAGAAAAGGAGAGCUUGUGGAAGAACACCGAGAAGCUGAGCGACUUCUUGGGCAAGGCCAAAGAAUUCGAGGCUAUCUUCUUCGUGGGAGGUCAUGGUCCAAUGUUCGACCUCGCAACAGACGAGACAUCGCACAAAUUGAUCAACGAGUUCUACUCCAACAACAAGGUCGUCGCCGCAGUCUGCCACGGUCCCGCAGCACUCACCCACGUCAAGAUCCCAGGUGGUGGGUACCUCCUCGACGGACAAGCCGUUACUGGAUUUUCGAACUCCGAGGAAGACGCGGUGGGCUUGACUUCUGCUAUGCCAUUCAAGUUAGAAGACAAGCUGAAUGAGGCCACGGGUGGAAAGUACGAGAAGGCGGCUCAGGAUUGGGGUGCUAAGGUUGUGGUUGCUAGAGAUGGGAAGUUGAUCACUGGCCAGAAUCCUGCUAGUGCUGGACCGGUUGGACAGGCUAUUCUGAAGGCGAUUUCCUAG